AUGUCGGCGGUCGCUACACCCGACGCGUCAUCAUCACGACACCGCUCUCGACAUCAUCAUCAUCGCGAGGAGAGACGAGAAGAAGGUCAUCAUGGAUCGUCAUCGUCAUCACGAACGGUGCCCACUCUGCCGGAGUACGAGCCUCUAUCAGCACCACUGAACCCGCACGCCCAGCGCGCCCUCGCGUCGCUCUCCCAGUCGAGCUCGUUCCGCAGCUUGAGGACCCAUCUGAAGCAGGCGGCGGACAAGCUGACGGAGACAGCGGGCGAGAUAAACGAGCGGGCGACGGAUGCGCGCAUCCGAUACGAGCGGCAGAAGCAGAGGGAGCGAGCGGAGAAACGGAAAGGUAAUAAUGACCGCAGGAUAUCGGUGAAAAAUGAUGAAGGAGAAGAAGGCGAUGGAAAUAAUGAGGAUGAGGCGGACAGCGAGGCUGGGAAUGACAAGGCCUUUGAAGACGUGGAAGACGACGAUGAGAACAAUGAAGAAGCCUCCAAACUCGCCAGACUGGAGGAAAAGGUGAAGGAGGUGACGGGCCGGCUGGAGGAGCACGUGCGCCAGAUGGUCGACGCGGAGGUCAAACUCAACGGAUUGUCGGAGGUGGUGGAGGAACUGGGUAAAGAGGCAGAGGCUACUGGGGGGGUAGCAGUAGGGCGUAAGCGGGAUACAGGUGCUGCUCGACGGCGGACCAGGAGGACCCGACGGCGGGGUGAAGAUGAGGAUGAGGAGAUGAUAGAUGUGGAUGAGGACGAGGACGACGAAGAUGAAGACUACGAGGCUCCCUCGGAGAGGCGCAACAGACAGCCUGAUCAGCCGCCUAGUCAAAAGCUUCAAGAGAAGCUGGCGGAGAAGGAGGCUGAAUGGCAACGUAAGUCCCUGACAGACAGAUACACGAACGAGAACGCCUACAUUGGCUUCUACCGCAUGGUCCACGAAGCCAAUCAUCCUGGAAAUGACAUGCCCCCAGUGCCAGACCCCUCGACGUGGUUCGCGCACCUCGAAGACCCAAACAGCACAGCAAAUCCAUCAUCUUCAGCAGCAGCUAACACUACAACUUCACCGCACUCUCGGCGCACAAGACGCCAGGCAAACCGCGAGCGCUCCGCAUUACCCGCCGACUCAGACGAGAUCUCCAUCGAGCGCGAGCGCAUCUCGCUCAAAUGCCCGCUGACCCUGCUCCCUUUCACAAACCCCGUGACGAGCACGAAAUGCCCCCACAGCUUCGAGCGCCAAGCCAUCGAGGACAUGAUCAACCGCAGCUCCAUGACCACCCCAGCGGAGCCAGAUGCGCGCGGCGGCGGAGGAGGAACCCGCUCCCGCCGUGUCCGAUGUAUCCAGUGUCCCGUCUGCACCGUCACCCUAACGCUCAACGAUCUGAAGCCGGAUCCGGUUCUGCUCAGACGCGUCCGUCGCGCAGAGGCGGCGCAGCAACGGGAAGCAGAAGAGGACGAUUUCGACCGCGCCGCCGGCAAACGAAGAAACACCAAGGGAGGACGCCUGAGUGGUAUCACGGUGGCCUCCUACGACGGUGAGGAUGCCGAAGAUGAAGAAGUCGCAAUUGAGCGGGAGGAGACAGUUCGUAUCAAACGAGAACAGUCGCACUUUGCGGAUCGAGAUGAUGAGAUCGAAGUUUAG